AAGCUAAGCCGAGCUAAGAAGCACAGCAAGUCUCACCAGACUAGCGGCUAGCGCGAGAAUGGCCAAGGACAUCGAGGCCGCGGCGGCGCACGAGGGCAAGGACUACUCGGACCCGCCCCCGGCGCCGCUGGUGGACGCGGAGGAGCUGACCAAGUGGUCGCUGUACCGCGCGGUGAUCGCCGAGUUCGUGGCCACGCUGCUCUUCCUCUACAUCACGGUGGCCACGGUGAUCGGGUACAAGCACCAGACGGACGCGGCGGCGUCGGGCCCCGACGCGGCGUGCGGCGGCGUCGGCGUGCUCGGCAUCGCCUGGGCCUUCGGCGGCAUGAUCUUCAUCCUCGUCUACUGCACCGCGGGGGUGUCGGGUGGGCACAUCAACCCGGCCGUCACCUUCGGCCUCUUCCUGGCGCGCAAGGUCUCGCUGGUGCGCGCGCUGCUCUACAUCGUGGCGCAGUGCCUCGGCGCCAUCUGCGGCGUCGGGCUCGUCAAGGGCUUCCAGAGCGCCUUCUACGUGCGCUACGGCGGCGGCGCCAACGAGCUCAGCGCCGGCUACUCCAAGGGCACCGGCCUCGCCGCGGAGAUCAUCGGCACCUUCGUGCUCGUCUACACCGUCUUCUCCGCCACCGACCCCAAGCGCAACGCCCGUGACUCUCAUGUCCCCGUGCUUGCCCCUCUCCCCAUCGGGUUUGCGGUGUUCAUGGUCCAUCUGGCCACGAUCCCCAUCACCGGCACCGGCAUCAACCCGGCCAGGAGCUUGGGCGCUGCUGUCAUCUACAACAACGACAAGGCCUGGGAUGACCACUGGAUCUUCUGGGUGGGUCCAUUCAUCGGCGCCGCCAUCGCCGCGGCGUACCACCAGUACGUGCUGAGGGCCAGCGCCGCCAAGCUGGGAUCGUCUGCCUCCUUCAGCCGCUAGAUCGAUGGCCUCCCGCCGGACAAGGACAGCCGGAGGCGUGAACUGUAGAUAUACCAGAGGCUGGACAAGGACAGCGUGUCGUCGUUGGUUGCCUCUAGCCAUGCGUCGUUAUAUAUGCAUGCCUUAUGAUCAGUUUGUAUUUCCACUGCAUUUUGCUUGCUUUAAUUUUCCUUCCAAGCUAGUGUGAUUGUUGUGCUGUACUUAUCCGUGUACGACGAGUCGACGACUGGGUAAAAUGAAAAAGAAAAGAAAAAAAUGCAUAUAUUUAAGUUUUUAAA